GAACCAGACCGCCGCUGCGGGGGCUGGCUGGGGGUUUGCCGCAGAUGGGCAGGGGGGAGCGAGAGCGCCGGGCAGGUGCCGGAGAGGAGCGGCGCGGGGCGAGCACGCGGGAGGGUAUUGCGGCAGUGCGAUUGCAGAGGGACGGCGGAGCGGCUGUGCGCAGACCGAGCGGAGCGGACGGCUGCAAAAGACUGCAGCGGUUUAGAAGCUCUGCAACAGCCUCGUCUCUGAAAUUCAGAACAGGACAUGGACAAAGCAAAGUGCAUUCUCUUCACAGUCUUCAUUGCCAUAGUCGUGUUUUGCCAUUCUGGUGAUGCAAUCCGGUGUUACACCUGUGAACAAAGCCCUGUAGUGUGCAGGACCAAUGUUACUUGUACCCACGAAGAAGACGUUUGCUUGCAAAUCAGGUUUUUGCAUCUGAGAACAUACAGCUGCUGGAAGUCAUCACGGUGCAUCUGGAAAGAAGUUGCUGAUGAAUUUCACGCUGACAGUUUUAGAUUCCUGUGCUGCUACAAGGAUCUCUGCAACAAGAGCCCAAGCUUCCUGGCAGCCAGUGCAACUGCCUUCAGUAUUACUGCAGUGACUGUGCUUUGGAUGGUGUACCAGUAACACGGGGAUGAAAAUGUCACUUCACUCUGUACAUCUUUUUUUAUUUUUCCCCUUGUGCCUGGAUAUGUCUGCAACAGUAGCUGUUUGGAGAAGAGGCACGUGGUUUUAACCAGAAAAGAGAGUUGAGAGAAACCAUCCUGUUUCUGUAACUUACAAGAUAAGGUGGGAAGGACUUUUGACACUGUCCCUAAUUCAUCUAUAUUCUAAAGCCAUAGUAACUGAAUUAUUGUGCUACUUGUAGAAUUCUAGCCCGUGAACACAAACAGUCACACAACCAGUAGGUAUUACUCAAACAUUUACUCUGUGAGGUUUGAUUCACUUACUUGUGUUCCUAUUGGGAAGAAAGGAAGGGUAUAAAUGAAGUACAUAAAUGAAUACAUUCUGCAUUCCCCCUUAAACCAACAAGUAUUCCUUUUGAAUAAGUGUACUUAUAACCUAGUCAGUUUUGUCUUCUUUUUCAUAAUUAUGAUAGAGCUUGGUGUGAAAGCUUUGUUCAUAAAGCGAGUCUAUGUGACAGCAGUCAGAACAGUAAAAAGCAUGAUGUAUUUUAUUGACUACUAAGGCAUUAGGGUUAUUAACUAGACAGUAGGAUUUCCAAUAUGGCAGUCUGUAUGCUAUAGAAGGUAUAUAUGCUGGCCUACAGUUAAGAUUUGGUGAUUCCAUAGACAGUCAAAUAGACAUUUUUUUGCAGCUUUUACUACAUUUAAAGCUAUCACUGCUAUUGCAGCAAUUUCACAGAUAUAUUAUACAAAUAUCCUUGCACCGAAUAUAUAAUUGCUCCUAAUGGAGCAACCAGCUUUGCUUGCUUGCAUUUGUACUCACAGAACAGAAUGUAUAUUCAUGGAGGGCAGUGUUUGGAGAUCUUACAACCAGAAUAAUUUUUCAAGAUCAUGCUUAUCUUAAACUGAAAUUCACACUGGCCACAUAAAGUGCUUU